CCCAGGUUUCCACACCUGAAGUUAAUGCGCAGCAGAUAGCCUACCAUAAACCUAGUCUACUUGGUGAAUUCCUCAGAGUAAAGACCAGUGAGAUCCUUUAUUUAAACCAUAUCACAAUUGUACAAAACGACAAUGUUAUGAAUGUCAAAAUUCGCAUCUCUUAUCAGAAAUCUGAAGAUUAGCUUCAGCCGAAAAUCAGAUUUAGCAUUCUAGCAUUCUAUCAGAAACAUUUGAUGACAGUCCACUUUAGGAGUCAAACUAUUAGGUAUACUUACUACCUACUAAUGUUACAUUUGGACCAUUGCCAAGGUGUUGGAGGACACAUCCAGUAGUCAUGCAUUCAAGCGCAAAUGCAUUGUGCAAACUUUAUCUUUCGGUUAUUGACGAUGUCAUCGAAAAUGUGCGAGAGACGUUUCUGGAUGAAGGAGUGGAAGAGGGUGUCCUGAAUGAACUUCGUCAGUUGUGGGUGUCAAAGGUCAUGCAGUCUAAAGCAGUGGAGGGUUUCCGAAAGGAUACCAUAAAUCCAUCAAACUUUGUUCUUCAGCUUCCUGCCAACUACACUCAAACCCUUCAAAAACAGUCUGCCUCAAUCAUCCUUCCGCCUGGACAGAAUGUGCAGAACUACACAGCUAAGGCGGGUGGUGCUGGUGCCGUUGCUACGUUCUCUCUUCCACCUGGAGUUACGUAUCCGGUACACAUCCCAGCAGGAGUCACACUACAAACUGCCUCAGGCCAUUUCUACAAAGUAAAUGUACCUGUGGUGGUAACUCAGGCUCCUAGAUCCAACCGUGUAUUCACUCAGCCCGCCGCCCAGCGAGCCCCUCCUCGUCCGCCCCCUCCUCAGCCAGCCCCCAGCCAAGCCCGCCCCACCAUCCAGCAGGCACCCGCCCAGACCUCUAAUUCAGAGCCCACUCCAGCAGCCUCAUCAUCCACCGCCUCUGGGCCCCAGCCCGAUGGGUCAGUCGCUCAGGCAGACCAGCCGCCGCCGAAGGAGCCUCCAGCACCCGUGGAUGAAACCCCACAGGCUCCAGUUCCUCAGUCCGUCCCGCCACCGCCUCCUGUGACUCCCCAGCCAGUCCCGGAGAGCCCUGGGGACUUCACCCUGGAGGGCAUCGAUUUCAGCCCUCACCCCGAGGGGACUCUCAAACAGGAGCAGGGCCAGCUGCCGGCCUGUGAGGUGGGGGAGGGGGCCAGCAACAGCAACAGCCUGGACACACCUGAGAAAGAGGUGAAGGAGGAGGCUCCCGACGGACUUCCUGUGUCAGACGGCACAGCGUUCUUCAGCCUUGGGAGCCAACUGGAUGAAGCCAUUAAGAUGGAACUCUUGAGGGACUUCAACUACAGCGGGCUGGAGGACAUAGUGCAGUUGGACGGGGCUGGUGAUGGCAGCUCCGAGGAAGAGGAGGUGGACAUCGGAGGGCCGGUGGGAGAGAACGACUUUCUGGGCAUGAUCAGUGCGGAGGCCCUGCAUGUCCUCGAGGAGGCUGGUGGCAGCGAUGACAGCAGCAGCACCUCGAGCAGUGACAUGGAGAAGGAAGAGGUCAUAGAGGAGCUGGACCCCCUGAACUCAGGAGACGACGUGAGUGAACAGGACAUCCCAGAUCUUUUUGACACCGAGAAUGUCAUUGUAUGUCAGUAUGAAAAGAUUCAUCGCAGUAAGAACCGUUGGAAGUUCAACCUGAGGGAUGGAGUCAUGUGUUACGGGGGAAAGGAUUACGUUUUCUCCCGUGCCAUUGGAGAAGCGGAGUGGUAAAGGGCUUACCGAAGAUGUCACCAUCGAGGCCUUUGUGGAUCAAUGCUUUGACAGCGUGAACCAGGAAAAUAAGUAUCUGUAAUGAACAGAAAUUCUGAAAAUGUGCCAAUUUAUGAAUAACUAGUUAAAGCGGUGCAGCCUUAAAGGAACAUUAAGAAAUUACAUUAUUUACGUAUUUAUUAACUUUAACUUAUAUUUUGUUAAGAAACUAUUUAUUUUUGGGAGCUCGCUCUGUAUUAGCUAUGACCUAAGUUCUGCAGUAUGUGGUUUAGAGAGCCAGCGUGAUUGAGACUGAUGAGAAGAAUGUUUAUUUGUGUAUGUUUUGUUUAUUUAUCUACAGUUAUUUAUGUGUUUAUGGUCUUAUUCAUGACUUUUUUUCUAAAUGAAUCAUUUGCUGCUCUCUA